CGGACGCGCGGACGGAAGGGAGGAGCGGGGCCGCCGGGCCCGGCCCGGGGAUGCGAGCGGCCUCAGGGAGCGGAAAGAAUGUCGGAGCGGGCCGCGGAUGACGUCAGGGGGGAGCCGCGCCGAGCGGCGGCGGCGGCGGCGGCGGGCGGAGCAGCGGCCGCGGCUGCCCGGCAGCAGCAGCAGCAGCAGCAGCAACAGCAGGCUCCGCAGCCCCAGCGGCAGCCGCCGCCGCCGCCGCGGCGCCUACGGCCAGAGGACGGCGGCCCCGGGGCCGCCUCCACCUCGGCCGCCACCGCAAUGGCGACCGUCGGGGAGCGCCGGCCCCUGCCCAGUCCCGAAGCGAUGCUGGGACAGUCGUGGAAUCUGUGGGUCGAGGCUUCCAAACUUCCUGGGAAAGACGGGACGGAAUUGGACGAAAGUUUCAAGGAGUUUGGGAAAAACCGCGAAGUCAUGGGGCUCUGUCGCGAAGACAUGCCAAUAUUUGGUCUCUGUCCAGCCCACGAUGAUUUCUACUUGGUGGUGUGUAACGACUGUAAUCAGGUUGUCAAACCGCAGGCAUUUCAAUCACAUUAUGAAAGAAGACAUAGCUCAUCCAGCAAGCCUUCUUUGGCCGUUCCUCCCACUUCAGUAUUUUCCUUCUUCCCUUCUCUGUCCAAAAGCAAAGGAGGCAGUGGAAGUGGAAGCAGCCGUUCUUCCAGUGGAGGUGUUCUAAGUGCAUCCUCGUUAAGUUCCAAGUUGUUGAAAUCGCCCAAAGAGAAACUGCAGCUCAGGGGGAACAGGCCAAUGCAUCCCAUUCAGCAAAAUAGAGUCCCCCAUGGUAGAAUCAUGACGCCCUCUGUCCAAGGAAAGAUUCCUCCGAAGAUGGAUGGUGCACUACUGAAAUCUGCGGUAGGGCCAGUCUGUCCUGCUGCUGUGAGUUCCUCAGUCAAGCCUGGCCUUAACUGCCCCUCAAUACCAAAGCCAACCUUGCCUUCGCCUGGACAGAUUCUGAAUGGCAAAGGGCUUCCUGCACCGCCUACGCUGGAGAAGAAGUCAGAAGAUAACUCCAAUAACAGGAAAUUUUUAAAUAAGAGAUUAUCAGAAAGGGAGUUUGAUCCUGACAUCCACUGUGGGGUCAUCGAUCUCGACACCAAGAAGCCCUGCACCCGGUCUUUGACAUGCAAGACACAUUCCUUAACCCAGCGGAGGGCUGUCCAGGGUAGAAGAAAACGAUUCGAUGUGUUGUUAGCCGAGCACAAAAACAAAACCAGGGAAAAGGAAUCGAUUCGCCAUCCGGACUCUCAGCAACCAACGCAGCCUCUCAGGGACCCGCAUCCCACUCCUCCUAGAACUUCACAGGAGCCACACCAAAACUCUCACGGAGUGAUUCCUUCCGAAUCAAAGCCUUUCGUAGCUAGUAAACCUAAACCUCACACCCCUAGUCUUCCAAGGCCUCCAGGCUGUCCUGCUCAGCAAGGUGGGAGUGCCCCCAUUGACCCGCCUCCAGUCCAUGAAUCUCCACACCCUCCCCUGCCUGCCACUGAGCCAGCUUCUCGGUUAUCCAGUGAGGAGGGAGAAGGCGAUGACAAAGAAGAGUCUGUUGAAAAACUGGACUGUCAUUAUUCAGGUCAUCAUCCUCAGCCAGCAUCUUUUUGCACAUUCGGGAGCCGGCAGAUUGGAAGAGGCUAUUACGUGUUUGACUCCAGGUGGAACCGGCUUCGCUGCGCCCUCAACCUCAUGGUGGAGAAGCAUCUGAACGCGCAGCUGUGGAAGAAGAUCCCGCCAGUGCCCGGUGCCGCGUCGCCCGUCUCCACACGUGUUCCUCACCGGAUGAACUCUGUGCCCACAGCACACUGUGGGGUCAGCCACCUGGCGGCAGCCACCGUGUCUCCCUCCCCUGUCCCGCUCUCGUCCUCCUGCAUCUCCCCCAGUAGCAAGUCGGUACCAGCUCAUGGAACCACGCUGAACGCACAGCCCGCCGCCUCCGGGGCCGUGGAUCCCGUGUGCAGUAUGCAGUCCCGACAGCUGUCCUCCUCCUCGUCCUCCCCCUCCACGCCCUCCGGCCUGUCCUCCGUGCCCUCCUCCCCCAUGGCCAGGAAACCUCAGAAGUUGAAAUCUAGCAAGUCUUUAAGGCCCAAGGAGUCUUCUGGUAACAGCACUAACUGUCACCACGCGAGUAGCAGUGCCGGCAGCGGCGGCUCAGGAAAGAAACGCAAAAACACUUCCCCGCUGUUAGUCCCGCCCCUCUCCUCCUCCUCCUCCUCCUCCUCCUCUUCCUCUUCUUCUCAUUCCAUGGAGUCUUUUAGGAAAAACUGUGUGGCUCACCCUGGGCCUCCCCACCCCGCGGCGGUAGCCUCUCCCCACGGCGUCAGCCUCAACUGUGUGGCCGGCAGAGCGAACUCGGUGAGCGGCCGGCACGAGCAGCCCGGGCGGGGCGUCCCCGGCGGGAGCCCCGGCGAGUCCAUCAAGAGGAUGAGCGUGAUGGUGAACAGCGGCGACUCCACACUCUCCCUCGGCCCCUUCGUGCACCAGGCCGGCGAGCUGCCCCUCAGCUCUCACGGCGCCUGCUCCCACCCACACACUCCUCUGGACAAGCUCCUAGGCAAGAAAAGAAAGUGCUCGCCUGGCUCGAGCGGCAUCAACAGCAGCAGCGGCAGGCCCACCAAGGUGGCCAAACUGCCGGCCGUGAACAACGUCCACGUGAAGCACGCGGGCCCCAGCCCGGGGCCGCCAGGACUGGCAAACAGCUCCCUCCUGCAUCAGGAUACCUCCUGCCCUUGCUUACAAGCAGGAAUUUCAGCGGUGUCACCCCAGAGCCCUACUUUAAAAUCCAAAGGCACGUCCCUGACAGCUGAAAAUAGCACGGGGAGGAAUAAUCUGGACACUUUUGACGACAAGUUACACCUCCACUCAGCACUCUGGACUCCACGAUGCCUUUGAGUCUGUUUUCCCAACCUCCUGUGGGCCUCGAGGGUAGAAAUCUGCCGGGCUGUUGUUUUAACGAGGAUGUCCCUGAAGCUUUGUCUGUAGCAGUGAGUACUCGUAAAGGACACUGGAUCAAGUCCAGCCACCGAAUUGCUUUUAUCAGUGUUAGAGUGGUCUGGACUACUUGCUACAAUCUGUGAGAAGUUCCUGUCUCGUUGUCGAACCUGUAGUAUUUCACGGAGCCACUCUUGGAGGAGGUUGGCUGGCGAGAGUGUCUUGGCAAGAGCGUGACUGUAGACUUUUCUCCCUCCCUCCUCUCCCUGCCUAGUUCUUUCCUCACCCUGUCGUCUGUAGGUCCCUCUCCAGCAGUCAGGCACCUUAACUGGAGACACCUCCCAGGGGCGAGCAGAGCUGCACCCCAAGCAGCCCUUUGGAGUAAGGGGGUCUGCAGCUAGGUUUUUAUAGCAGGUGCCGGGAAUGGAAUAUGGACGUCAGUGAGAGGCACCGUGACAAAAGAGCCUGUGUUUUUGCCCAGCCUUUUGCAAGUAAUUUGGGAUCAGAAGCCGUCAGAAGUUUCUAAUGUACAAACUGGUUUAAAGCCAUUGAUGGCCAGAGAGCAAGUAUACACCAGUUUAGAGGCUUACUUUUCAUGGUACAAAAGCAAUUCUGUGUGAUUUUUUUUUUUUUUUAAAGAAAAUGCAAA